AUGUUUUCCAAAUACAUCACUGCUAAGGAGGUGUGGGACUAUUUAUUAGGUCUUGGGGAUCAGUUGGCUCUUAUGGAACCAUCUAGCCUCAAGGCCCUAGACGCUUAUGUUGAGUUUCAGGAGCAAGCUUCUGAUCCUGACUUGGCUUCCUUGCGUGCCCAGAUGGCUCAGCUUCAACAUUUUAUGUUCACCUCCCAACCAUCCUCAUCUGCUUCUACUCUCACCUCUCUUCAGUCAGGUUUGUUUGGGUCCUCUUUAGGUAUCUUCUUUUCUGAUCGAGUGUCCAAGAAGCAAAUUGGAACUAGUCGUAGAGUUGGAGAUCUCUAUGUGGCCAAGUAUGCCAAUGAGGUUAUUCACCGUGUCAGUCUUACUAACACUAAAAGUUCAGAUACCACCAUUGAGCUUAAUGUGAAUCUUAACACUACUGAUGGUGUCCCGCUGGAUGAUCCUACUUUGUAUCGCGAGCUUGUAGGCUGCUUAGUCUAUCUGAUCGUUACUCAUCCUGAUUUUGCCUAUGUUGUUCAUGUGGUUAGCCAAUUUGUUUAUACUCCUCGCUCUUCGCAUUGGGUUGCUUUGGUUCGAAUUCUUUACUAUCUCCACGGUACUAUUUUCCAAGGCUUGUUAUUGUCUUGUACUUCUUCCUUAGAGUUGGUCGCUUAUGCUGAUACUGAUUGUGCUGGUGAUCUUAGUGAUUAUAAGUCCACUUCUGGUUGCUGUCUAUUUCUUGGUGAUUCCUUGAUUUCUUGGAAAAGUAAGAAACAAACUAUUGUUGCUCGUUCUACUGCCCAAGCUGAGUACCAUGCUAUGGUUCAUGCUACUGCUGAGGUUGUCUAG